AAGGCGCUGAUAUCAGAGAGUUUCGAGUGACUUUACACCUACAGAUUGAUGAUAUCAAUAAAUUUCGAAGGUGGUGCAGCAGCAAUAGGGCGUUUGCUUCUUAUUUGCUCCUGCGAGUUUAAACUGGCAGCUCGUCAUGAGAUAUUCAUACCACUGAAGAUACCCUGAGCUGGCACGAUGAAGAUGGUCCUCGCACUCCACUUCUCAGCUGCCGUGCUUCUGCUACUGUUGCUCGCUGAGCCUCCAAAGCAAGGUGCUGAAGCCUUUCCAGUGACUUGUUGUCUGAAAACUUGUGACAUCAAAGUACGAAGAGAUCAGCUCAAAAACUACACCAUACAAGAAAAACCCUUAUGUCCUGUGAAGGCUGUGAGAUUCGUCACAAAGACGAACGUCACGUUCUGCUUGGACCCCUCGUCACCUUGGGCCAUUAAUACCAUGGCCUUUUUGGACAACAGAGGCAGACGAAGCCACUUGUGUAAUGUUUAUAUUGAAGUCAACAAAUCUAUAUAUUACUGGUACAUUUUCUUUGAUGGAAAGAUGUACGCUAAUGGAGGUCCCUCCCCCAACAAUAAGACCAAGUGCACUCAGACCCGAACGUCUCAGAAGACGGCGAAAAUGCACCUCACGUUCUUUUUCUUCUGCACCACUGCAGUGUUCUCCAGCAUCUUUGCGAGAAAUGGAGCUCCAGGAGAUUGUUGCCUCAGAAUAAGUCCUAAUCAAGUCAGUGUGACAAGCAUUGUGAGCUACUGGCAGCAGGAUGAAGGGCUUUGUCCAAUCACAGCAAUUGCAUUCACCCUUGAAAAUGGGAAAGUCCUCUGCUCUGAUCCUGUCUCCCCCUGGACAAAAAAGGCAAUGCGGAAGGUCGACGAGGAAGCGGAACAGAAGCGAAACCACAGACAUGGACAGGCACCGGAUGCUCCACAGAAUGGCACAGAGGGUUUACUGACUUCGACCAUGUUGCCUUUGACCAGUAGAUGGCCUCAAGUGCCUGCAAGUGUAGCCAUGUGGCACACUAAAGUAAAAUCUUCUAAACCACAGCGAGGGUCUAAGAAGCGAAUUGUAGUAAUUAAGAAAAAAAGGAAGAAUAGGAAGAAAGGAGGGAAGGGGAAAAGAAAGAUUACCAAGCCACCAGUGUUCAAUCACACUUCUUCUUUUACUACGUCUUCUUAUAAAUAAGCGCUAAUAACCAUGUUUUCAUGUACAAAUGCUAUGAACUUGGGCUUAAAUGCUUUUCUUUGCUAUACACGUUGACUAUAUGACUAAAGGUGAAUUGUGAAAUGUAAGAAAAAAGAAAGAAAUAAAACAAUAUUG